AUGGUAUACGGAUUGCAGCAGUACGGAGCAGAUUACACAUUAGAAUACACAGGGUACAUAACCCUUAACAACCAGGUUAUUUCUCCAUUCCACGACAUACCAGCAACCGAAGACGGGUUUAAGCUGGUGAACGUGGUGAACGAAAUCCCUAAGUUCAGUCAUGCAAAGAAAGAAAUAAACAAGGAGGCGAAGUACAACCCGAUUAAGCAAGACGUGAAAAACGGGAAGGUGCGCUUUGUCAAGAACAUGUUCCCCAUGAGCGGGUAUUUGUGGAACUACGGUGCCAUUCCGCAGACCUGGGAAAGCACAGAAGUCCCGGACAGCAGAACUGGCAUUAAUGGAGACAAUGACCCAAUCGAUGCAAUUGAAAUAGGAAGCAGAAUAAUUCAGUCUGGCGAGGUCUACAAGGCCAAAGUUCUUGGAGCAAUCGCUUUGAUUGACGGGGGAGAGUGCGACUGGAAGGUUCUUGUCCUGAACACGGAAGACGAGCUCUUCGACAAAGUCAGCUCCCUGGAGGAUGUAGAGAAAUACAUGCCAGGCCUGCUAGCCCAGACGCGAGAGUGGUUCAGGAACUACAAAAUUGCCGACAAGGAAGGAAACACAGGAAGCAAAAAUGAGUUUGCAAACAACGAGCAGUACUACUCUGCAGAGGAGGCUGUUGAAAUCGUCAAGGAAACGCAUGAGCACUGGAAAACACUAAUUAACGAAUCAAGCCACACAGAUAUAUCUUUGGUGAACGCCUCCCAGGAGAGCUCUCCUGGAUACUCAAGCGCGCCCUUCACUCCAUCUGGAGAAAAGUAUACGCCUGGAACGGCUCCGGCUGAUGUUGGGAAAUUCUACUUUUUAUGA